GUCCGAGUCGGAGUGCGCGAUAGAAGCCUCCAUAUAAUCAUUAACAAAUCCGAAAUGCCAGAAGUUGAUAUUUAGUUGAAGAUCGCCGAUUAGAAAUUUGUAUAUUAUUUUUUUGGUUGGAUUAUAAUGAAAAGGUCUAUGUUAAUAACCACCCUAGGGGUGUUGUCAUUAAUAAUCAUAGAUAUAUUAAUUAUAACUUUGAUUAUACUAGCAACUAAAAAUGGUGAUAGAAAAUUGGGAGCGGUGGUGAGCAGCGGGCACGGAUGCGCCGAUAUCGGAGUAUCGAUAAUGAAGAAAGGCGGCAACGCGGCGGACGCCGCCAUAGCGACGCUCUUCUGCGAAGGCGUCGCCAUGUCGGAGAGCACCGGCCUCGGGGGCGGCUUCUUCCUCGUCAUAUACAACAAAACCACCGGCGAGAGUUGGGCGCUGGACGCCAGGGAGACGGCGCCGGCCGCCGCCGCCGAGGACAUGUACCGCGGCCAGCCAGCCAACGCCUCUCUGCGAGGCGGCAGGUCGGUGGCGGUGCCGGGAGAGCUGCGGGGCUACUGGGAGCUCUACAAGAGAUUCGGCGGCGGUUUGCCUUGGAAGGAUCUGGUGCAACCCACCAUAGAUAUAUGCAGGAACGGGCAAUACGUUACCAAAUUUCUGGAGUCUCGCUUCGAAAUGAGGAAGGAGCUUUUGUAUAACGAUCCAGUCAUGAGAGAUACGUUUUUCCACGAGGGCACGAAGGAAUAUUACAAAGAAGGCGAGCGAUUGAAGAGACUGAGGAUGGCUAAAACGUUAGAAACGAUCGCUGCAGAAGGCGGAGACGCCUUACACCAGGGAUCUCUAACGGAAGGUUUUGUGAAGGAUAUAAGAGACAAAGGCGGAAUCAUGACUGUGGAAGAUAUGAAUAAUUAUUACCCUUUAUGGAAGAAACCGGUAAAGAGUGUUAUCUAUCAAAACCACACGGUGAUUUCGUCGCCUUUGCCCGCCAGUGGUCACAUUCUAACCUACAUUUUAAACAUAUUGAGCGAUUACAUCGACGUCACCCGGCCCUAUUCCGUUCUAACUAAUCAAAGGAUCAUCGAGAGCUUCAAGCUGGGCUAUGCCAGUCGCACGAAAUUCGGCGAUCCCGAUUUCGUCGAUUUCGACAAGAUAAUAAGCAACCUGGUAUCGCCGGGGUACGCGCGGGAAAUGCGCAAGCUGAUCAAAGACAACGAAACAUCCCAAGAUCCGUUCUACUACGGCGCCACCACCGAUUUCCAACAAGACCACGGGACUUCGCACAUUUCGGUUCUCUCUCCCAGCGGCGACGCCGUGUCCGUCACGGGAACCAUAAAUUUCAUUUGGGGCGCCGGAUUCCAAUCCAACAGCACCGGCAUAAUCCUGAACGACAGCAUGGACGAUUUCUCCCAACCGGACGCGAUCAACGGGUUCGGUUUACCGCCAGCAGAGGCUAAUUUUAUUCGACCGGGAAAGCGACCCAUGUCCUCCAUGACGCCCACCAUCGUCCUCGAUGGCAACCAGAAUGUUGUUUUGGUACCGGGAGGCGCUGGCGGCAGUAAAAUCACAACGGCUCUGGCGCAGACAAUCAUCAAGAACCUCUGGUUCAAGAUGAGCCUCGAUGAUUCCAUAAACGAAAGGCGAUUGCACCAUCAAUUAGUACCGAUGAAGAUUAUUUACGAGGAGGAAUUUAGAGAGAAGGCUAAAGAUUUGGUCGAAGGUUUGGCGAAAAUCGGCCACAAGUACGAUUUCAAAGACGAUUACGGUUUCGCUUCCAUUGUGGCCAUUAGCAGGAAUUCCAGUACUAAUUGCAUCAGCGCUGUUUCGGACGCCAGAAGACCCGGAUCAGUUGCCUAUUUCACAGCGUAAUAUUUUAAUUUUACCUUCGUUAACUAGAAGAACAUUUUAUUUAUCGACUCGACAGUUUUUGUCGCAUUUUAACUAGCACUUAAUUAAUUUUAACUUAUUGUAAGAAAUAAAUAUUUUAAUAAAAAUUCGCCAUUAGAUAUUUU